AUGGGGUGCUGCCCGGGGGACUGCUUCGGCUGCUGCGGUGAGGAGCAGGAGUGCUGCGAGAUGUGCUGCUGCCAGCCCGGCUGCUGCGGCUCCUGCUGCGGCUGCUGCGGCUCCUGCUGCGGCUGCGGGGGCUCGGGCUGCGGAGGCGGCGGCUGCGGAGGCGGCUGCUGCGGGUCGUCCUGCUGCGGUGGCAACGGCUGCUGCGGGGGCGGCUCCGGCUGCGGGGGCGGCUCCGGCUGCGGGGGAGGAUGCUGCGGGUCCAGCUGCUGCGGGUCCAGUUGUUGUGGCUCCUCCGGGGGCUGCUGCGGGCCCGUGUGCUGCCAGCCCACGGCCGUCUGCGACACGAAGUGA